AGGAUGAGGGUGCAGGGGGUAGGGGGGUGGCAGCAGACGCAUUGACAACAAGGGCUGGAUCAAUAGGGAGCAAACAGGAGCUGAAGGAGCAGCAGGAGCAGCAGAUGCAGGAGCAGCAGUGGAUGGAGGGAGGAGGAGGAGAAGGAGGAGUAGGCGGAUGCAGGAGAGGGGGGAAUGAGAGCAGUGGCAGUGAGGGGGAGGCGGUGGUGUGUCAGGGGUGGGGGAGAGCAGGCACCCCCAUGGAUGGUAACCCGAGAGCAGGCACCCCCAUGGAUGGUAACCCGAGAGCAGGCACCCCAACGGAUCGUACGCCCAGAGCCGGCAGAGGCACCUCUAUGGAUGGCACCCCCAGAGCAGGCACCUCAGUGGAUGGCACGCCCAGGGGGGUAGCAGCAAGGGGAUGGGCGGGAGGGGUAGCAACGGGAGGAGGGCUAGCAGCGGGUGCUGGCGGUGGUAAUGCUUCGCCUGGGGCAUCUUUUGUUGCUACUGGCGGUGCUGGCGGUGCUGGUGCAGCAGGUAGAGGGGCUCACUCUGUGUGGCGCACUCGCAGCUUCUCACGAUCCGCUAGUGGGGGUGACGCUCCAGACGUAUUCUUGUCCCAACAGCUGCAGCAGCAGCAGCAGCAGCAGCUGCAGCCUGAAAUUCAACGGAUUCUCACGCUCCCUCACAUGCAACGACAACCCAUAAACCACAUCAGCGGCAGCAUCUUCCCUGACGGCAGCAAUCAUCUACCCUCCGCUCUCCCUCAGCACUCAGGCGCGGUACGAAGCAGUGCAGAGCGGUGCACUACGAUGAGCAUGGAGUGUGGCCUAAGCAUGGACUUCAGCACGCUAAGUCCCUGUGAGGGUAUGCUGAGCCCCUGUGACAGCAUAGACAGUCCGGGGGGGGUCCUUGCCACCCCUGUAGGCGCCACAGGCGUCUCUCCCUCCACCUUCCCUAGAUUCCACAGUGAAGCACGCAAGCAGGCAGCUCUGCCCAGCUGCCCGCCUGUAGGGGGCUCGUUAGGUGUUAACUCGUGGGUGACUGGCGGUGCCGAUGGUGGUGCUCCUGCUACCUCCCCUGCCGGUGGUGCUGGUGGUGCUGGUGGUGCUGUUAGUAUGCUGUCUCCUGCAGCCAGUAGUGCUGCCUCCUCUCCUUCUGCUAGCAGCCCCAGUCCAGGAGGGGGGGGGUGGCGGCAGGGAGGACACAAAGGCGACCUCUGGGCCAGAAGAAAAGGGGUUGCUGCGCCACACUCCCGCCUCUCCCUCCCCGCUACCUCCUCUGCUGCAGCUCGUGCUGGUGCUGUGGCUGCCGGUGCUGGUGGUGGCGCUGCUGCUACUGGUUCGAUUGGUGUGGAUGAUUCUUACACUGCUAACGGCAAUGCUCGUACCAGCAGUGGCGGCCUGACCCCCACUCCCCCCUCUCGUCCCCGGAAAGACCCCUCCUCCCACUCCUCUCCCCUGCGCUCGCCCCUUCUGGGACGCAGACGAGGGUACAGAGAAAAGAAGCAUUCCUCAGGACAGAAGGAGCAGCAGCAGCAGCAGCAGCAGCAGCAGCAAGCGGUGCUGGCAUCAGCAUCAUCACCAGCAGCAGUGGGAGUAGCAGCAGCAGCAACAGAUUUACCAAUAGCCCCAGCAGUAAUGACCCCGCGUUCCAACCUCUUCCACAGAGCAGCAGCAUCGGGGUUUGGGGCUCCGGGCACCCCUCCUCCGCACUCUCCUCGCCUCUUCCCCCUCUCCCCACGCAAUUUCUUCAGACGGCACAAGUCGGAGGCAGGGGGGGAGGGAACGGAGGGGAGAGGGGAGCAUGAGCAUCACCAGCAACACUCAAGAAUGAAGAACAAGGAUGGUCUAAGCAGCCAUGCUAGAGCGUCAGGGGACGGACAACUACUCUCAGAGGCUGCUCUUAUGGGGGAUAGGGGAGGGAAGGGUGGUGCGGCCGAGGGUGGGAGUGGAGGCCAGGAGAGUGGGGAGAAUCGUGAGGUGUUGGAGUCAGACAGUCGGUUGGAAUCGGAUUCUCAAUUCCAAUCCAAUCAGUCAGAAUCCACAAUGUACCAGCAGCAGCAGCAGCAGCAGCAGCAGCCAUUGGGGGACAGCAGCUGUGGAGAUGCGGGUGGUGGAGCAGGGCUUGAAGCAGCAGGGGCAGCAGCAGCAGGGGCAGGAGCAGGAGGGCGGCCAAGAUCGAGUGGCGGAUGGAGGAAGGGGUGGCCGGGGUCUAAAGGUGGGGCAGGUGGGGGCAAGGACAUGAAGGAGGUGACUCAAAAUUCACCAGGUGGGGGCAUGGACGUGAACCUGCUGAGUCCUCGCCGGUAUCACGACUCUAGGAUAGGGGAGGGGGAAGGGGAAGGGAAAGGGGAAAGCAGUGCUGCUCCUGGCGCUGGUGCUGGUGCUGGUGCUGGUGCUGGUGCUAGUGCUGGCAGCAAGAGUGGGCGAACGAAGCUGGGAGCAGCGGGGUCGGGCCUCGCAGCAGCAGUAAAAACAUCGAUGAAAACAUCAAUGAAGGCGCUCGCCCCUCUAGCGCCCCCCAAGUCCUGGACCACAGGAGUGGGCGACAUGCUAGGAGGAAGGUCCCCCCGUGCUCUCCUCUCCCCCCGCGGCUUCCUCUCUCCUAGCGGCUUCCGCUCCCCUCGGCCCCAUAGGGGGACAGACAGUGCGGACGGUGGUAUGGCAGAGGAAGGUGGGAAGGGAGGGAGAGAUGGAAGAGAGGAGGUGGGUGGAGAGGAGCAAACGGUACCGUCUGAACGGGUGUCUUUCGACCUGCCUCUCAAAUCCCCGGGGGCGUUUCAGAGACUAGCCCGGAGGAGCAGCGGGUUUCAGAUGCCGACGCGAGCGGCAGUCGCAGCAGCGAUGACCCUCCCCUCGUCGCUCUCAAUGAAAGAACGCCGCUCCGAGUCCUCCCUCGCCACCCUCUCCCCCCUCCCUCCCUCUUCCUCGCUCUCCUCAGCCAGAUCCCCCUGGGGCCCUGGGUCCAUGCAGGAGAGGCCUCUCCACCUGCAACAGCAGCAGCAGCGCCUGGCACAGGCUCGGCUACAGGAGGCUCGGCAGCCGGACCUUGCCCAGGUUCCGCAGCAGGUUCGGAUGCGACCGGUUCGGAAGGGAAAGGCUCAGCUGCCUCGGGCUAUUUCAGAGCAGCAGGAUAGGAGGGAGGUCUACCAAGAGCAGUCACCGCUCCAGCCGCAACAACAAUUGCAGCAGCAACAGCAGCUUCACCACCAGCAGCACCAACAGCAGCAGCACCAACAGGCGUGGGUUCCUCUGGAGAAAACGAGCAGUGCGAGUUCAGUGCUGGCGUCUUGGGCCAUGCGGUCUAAGGAAGGGCAAGGGCAGGCGCACAGAGACGGGCACAGAGCCAGUGCCACGGCCGAACCUGGCGCUGCUGCUGCUGCUGGUGCUGCUGGUGCUGAUGGGUGGCAUGGUUUGCCUCGUAGUGUGUCCGCUGACGUCAUGCAGCAAGGCAUGCCACAACAGACUGCCCCACGAGGGAGAGUUCCAGCAGCUGCAGCAGCUGGAGAAGCAGGGAUGGGAGGGGCAAGGGGAGGUGCAAGAGGAAGAGGGGGGCUGGCAUGCGGAGCAAGGGCGGAAGUUUCAGGAGGAAUGGGAGGAAUGGGAGGAAUGGGAGGAAUGGGCGGAUUGGGAGUUGCAAGAAGCGGCAGUGGGGAGAGGGACUCGCCGCUUCGCAUCCCCAUACCUCGAUCCGAGUCGGAGUCGAUUCCCCGGUCAUCCAGCUUCAGUAGUAACCACCCGCCGCUGCUGCUGCUGCCUCUGCAGCAGCAGUCACCGCAGCUAGCAGCAGCAGCAGCAGCAACAGCAGCACCACCACAGCAGCAGCAGCACCACCCAUUUGCCACGUCAGGCUCGAGGCCCGGAUCGGGCCAAGGCUCUAGGCCCGGGUCAAGGCCCGGAUCCAGGCCCGGGUCCUCCCAUGGGAUUGGGAGAAGCGGCUCUGGGCCGUUGCAUGGGCAUGGAACCUCCCCUGCUGCUCUUGAUGCUUCCUUGGCUGGAGGGAACACCGAUGAAGGUCGAGGGGGUGGAAAGUUGGGAGUAGUUGGCUUACCCAGGAGGAAGAGCACUAGGUAAAAGGAGGCUGAUGAAGAUAGUGUUACAUGUGGGUUUUAAAAUGGGGUGAAUCUCAGAGUAAUGGAAUAAACUAGAAUGUGUGAUACAAGGUAGUUUUGUCCAGGGCCCAAAUUAGCCGGGUGAAAUGCCCUGAUUGCCCUGAUUUUUCAGGGCAUUUUUUCAUUUGGUCUUAAGAAUCAGACUUACGAAAUUUAUUACCCUGAU